AUGCAGGUCGAUAUGGCUUCAGACCUCCUCAUCAACUACCUCGGCGGCGAGAGGUCCCUCAUCAUCGCAACCCAUGGUCGAGAACCUGUGCAUCAUCUGUGGCCUCUCAACUACGUCCUCCCUCCGGUUGACAUCUCCGACCCAUAUACAUUUCUCGGUGUGAAACGAGGUAUUCUGCAAUAUGCCUGGCUCAAACCUAUCUUGGCUCUGGCGGCCAUCAUCAUGAAGGCCACAGGCGUCUACCAAGAAGGCUAUAUCGGAUUGAACUCGGGCUAUUUCUGGAGUGGCCUGGCGUACAAUGCGAGCGUCACAAUCAGUCUGUAUUCCCUAGCACUCUUUUGGGUAUGCAUGCACGAAGACUUGAAACCGUUUCGGCCCGUCCCCAAGUUUCUCUGCAUCAAGCUCAUCAUUUUCGCCUCGUAUUGGCAAGGCUUUUUCCUGUCCAUACUUGUCUGGCUUGGUGCCAUUCCGGAUAAUGUUCAGGGGUAUACACCAGACAACCUGGCUGCUGCUAUCCAGGAUGCCUUGAUUUGCAUAGAGAUGCCAGGUUUCGCUAUUGCGCACUGGUACGCUUUCUCGUGGCACGACUUUGCCGACAACCGAGUCUCUGCAGCGAGAAUGCCAGUCAAGUAUGCUCUCAGAGAUGCAUUCGGCCCACGGGACCUCAUCGAGGACACCAAGGAGACCUUCACUGGCAAUAAAUAUGGCUACCGCCUCUUUGAUUCGGGCGACAAGAUCAUGGCGCACGAGGCUUCAAAAUCCCGGCUGGCAAGAGUGCAGGCGGGUAUGAGGUACGAAAGGGGAGGCAAGGGAAAGUAUUGGAUACCGAAACCUGAUGAAAUCAACGCCGAGAUCAAUCCAUAUACUCCGUUGCUUGGAUCUCGAGGGGGUCCCAGCCGUGCCAAUUCUCAGCAAAGUAACGGAGCACUUGAGGAGACACAACUGGACCAGGAUGACGAGAAUCUCUACGAAAACGCAAGAAAAUUGGAGUAUGGCGACUGGAAUUAUCCGGUUAUCCCAGCAAAUGAUGCAUCAAGAGAACGAUGGACGCCGCGCCCCAGUUCUUACCAGUCUUCCUCGCGAGCAUCCGGCUCAUACUUUCCUGCUUCAACUCGCAUGGACGAGGGUGGACAGCGCUCGGCAGAGGGCCAAGCCGUCAAACCCUCCAAGAAAGGCAAACAGAAGGAGCGUGGGUCUACCUCGGCGGGACCACCGAGAUCCCCGGGAGGAACGCUCCGGCCGGGGUUGCAAGUAGAUGACAAGCCCGACCUGUCAGAGAUAGACUUUGACGUCUCGAAGGGUAAGUCGCCUGAACCAUCAGUGCACGAGAAUGUUUCGAGCCCAGGAAUGGAGGAGACUCGCCAGUGGAAGGAGCACGAUGUCACGCCGGUCAAUGUGUCGCCGAGAUACGAUGUCGAUGAGGAAGAAGAGUUUCGAAACGUCUGGGGCGGGGGAGAGUCUUCAGCACGAGCCAAGCAUCUUUGA